AUCCCUGCGCUGCCAUUGCUCGUCCGCAUCCUCCUUGGAUUUCCCUCCCAGGUACGCCUACUCCAUGCGCACGCAUUCCUAUUCCGAUUCCUGCACAUUCCGUGGACCGAUUUGGAAAAGCUGAACUGGUACAUAGCGUAUCUUUCUCUCACCAGUCUGCUGACGGUGAUGUUUAUAAGCGAAUCUGUACUCAUAUAGAUUUCUUGUCUUCUUACAUCGUCAACUGUCCAGCUAGAGAUUUCUGUUUUCUUAGAUAUCUUCUGUCUUCUUAAGGGGAGACGAGGAGGGCGCAUAAAAUUCACAAGAACUGUUUUUGAUAGAUUCACAAUUUGCCGUCUGAGCAUGCGAAGGCUGAUGUGAGCUGUGCAGGAAGGUUAGGGUUUUCUGAUGCGCUCAUACAUGGGGCAGCAAGAAGAUGGGAUGUCUGAUGGCUUGUACACUUACAAGCAUCACCGCGAGCGAGGAGCUGAUAUCCACACCAUCUUUGUGAAGAAGAGCAAAUUCAGGAUUCUGCUGUCAUUUAUCGGCACAACGUUCCUUCUUGUGUCUGUUUGCUGCGCCCUGUUAUCGAAGGAUGGUUUAUGUCUUUGUUCCCUUUGGAGCAUUUCAUUUGCCAGUGUAAUUGCGAAAUGCCUGCGAUGUGACCCUGUGAAGAAAGAGUCAUUGGUGAUCAUGCCGACUUUUGGAAUUCAAUUAGAGCAACACUUUUGGAGUGGAAGAGUUCAUCGCAAAUUUGUGCCCAUUGGCAAGAUUCUAAGACCAGUGCUGAAUGAGCAUGUGACCCCUGUCUCAUGCUACUGGAGCUUGGCCUUGCUUGUACGCGAAGAAUAUGAGCUCAUGCUUGUUUUCAAGAGCUUGAAUCCACCAGUCAAGAUGUUGGUUCCAAUCUGGAAAGCGUUAUGUGCAUUCGUAGACUCCAAUACGCUGGGCAAUUCUGCAUUGCCUCAAUCCACAUGAUUACAUGAACAUGCUUAAACAAGUUGGUGGCUGUGUGCAGCCCUGAUGAUAAUUCGAACAUAUGGUUCGCUGAAGACUUUGCUGACUGACAACAUAAUGUUUAGUUUCGAUACAAAUGAUGAUGGAAUGUACGGAAUGUUACCGACACUGGGGCUAUUACGUCUCACGUGGAGUGUGAAUUGUGAAAGGAUCGUGAUGCUUAAGAGUG